AUGUCCCAACAUCUUCUUCUUCUCAUUCUCCUCUCCAUUCUUCUCUGUAACAAUCCCAUUUCCGCCUCUCCAACUAUCCAAAAAUUCAAAGAAGCCCCACAGUUUUACAAUUCCGCUGAUUGCCCCAUAAUAGACCCCGGAGACGACGAUGACGUGUCGGCCAAGCAAAUACUCUGCUCUCGUCGAGCUGUCCACGUGGCCAUGACACUCGACGCAGCCUACAUUCGCGGCUCCGUCGCCGCCGUCCUCUCCGUCCUCCAACACUCCUCCUGCCCCGAAAACAUCGUCUUCCACUUCGUCGCCUCCGCUUCCGCCGACGCGUCGUCUCUCCGCUCCACCGUCUCCGCCUCCUUCCCUUACCUCACCUUCUCCGUCUACGUCUUCAACGUCUCCUCCGUCUCCUCCCUAAUCUCCACCUCCAUCCGCUCCGCCCUAGACUGCCCGUUGAACUACGCCCGGAGCUACCUCGCCGACCUCCUCCCGCCGUGCGUCCGCCGCGUCGUCUACCUAGACUCCGAUCUCAUCCUCGUCGACGACAUCUCAAAACUCUCCGCCACGGAUCUCGGCCGUGACUCCGUCCUCGCCGCGCCGGAGUACUGCAACGCCAACUUCACCUCCUACUUCACCUCGGCGUUCUGGUCAAACCCGACUCUCUCCCUGACGUUCGCCGACCGGAAGGCGUGUUACUUCAACACCGGAGUGAUGGUGAUCGAUCUCGCGCGGUGGCGGGAGGGAGAGUACACGUCGCGCAUCGAGGAGUGGAUGGCGAUGCAGAAGAGGAUGAGGAUUUACGAGCUAGGUUCGUUGCCGCCGUUUUUGCUGGUUUUCGCCGGUUUGAUUAAACCGGUUAAUCAUAGGUGGAAUCAGCACGGUUUGGGAGGGGAUAAUUUUAGGGGAUUGUGUCGAGACUUGCAUCCUGGUCCGGUUAGUUUGUUGCAUUGGAGUGGGAAAGGUAAGCCUUGGGCUAGGCUUGAUGCUGGGAGGCCUUGUCCGUUAGACGCGCUUUGGUCUCCGUAUGAUCUUCUUCAAACGCCGUUUGCUUUGGAUUCUUGA